GAACUUGGCGCCCACCUGUUGAUUAGCAAGCACUUGAGAUGGAGGUGCGUAAGCCACUAAAUCGCCCAGAAUAUCAGUCAGUUGUACCUAAUACUUGAUCCGGUCCAAACGUGCGGCGAAAAUUGAAGUUAUUGGAUUACCAGUAGCAGUCGAUUCUAGGAAGGUUACGCCGAAAAUGAACAGAACGCGGUUCAACUGAUAGUGGAUUACCUUUAGAUUAAUAGUUGGCAUAUUUCAAAUAAUACUAGUGCAUAUGCAUGCAAAUUAUCUGAGCCAAUUCAAGGGUUGUGAUUAACCUUAUCAGUCGUCUGCAUUCGAUAAGCGAAGCCAGAAGUUCCCCAGUCAUUUCCGUGUGUUCAAAUUGGAUAAUGGCGGCACAGAGUAAACUAGCCGAGGCCGCAUACAAAUGCAGCUGCCAGGAGUUCGUGCAUCCUUGGACCUCCAGCUGCGCCUGUGCGACGGCUGGGAUGCUAUUAUCCCUAAUCCCUGGCACAUUUAAGACCUAUAGUAUGGUCUACAUGUUGGCACUUUUAAUGCGCAGGCGCAUUCCAUCGCUCAAGGACCUUGGCAGGACUUUAGCCAGUACAUUGCAGUCGACGGCUUUCCUUUCGCUAAAUGGAAGCCUCUUUGUCCUCGCCAUUUGCCUGGUGCGCCAGUUUCUCGGUGGUUUCUACUUCGCUACCGCCGCAUGGUUGCCAGCACUUUUGGUGAGCUCCAUAUCGCUAGCAGUCGAGCGUCCGCAGCGCCGUGCUCCACUGGCAUUGUAUGUGGCCAAUGUGGGCAUCGAAACGCUAUGGAAAAUGUUAGAGGCCCGAGGACUGGUGCGAUCCAUUGCCAAAGGACAGGUGCUCAUCAUGGGUGCCAGUAUCACCGCUUUGAUGUAUCUAUAUCGUGCCGGAUUGCAUAGGACUGUUGCCAAAGAUGCGACUUUUAAGGGAUUGGGUCUGAUCAUAGGCAGGGAGGAGGAGGGUCCCCUAAAGCCCUCUACGGUGAUCAUCCCCCAGAGAUCUAACCUAGGAAGCCUAAAUUUUCGAUGUAUCACGUCGUACCUUAAGGUCUAUAAUCACCUGACUACCCUCAGACACCCUUGCUGUCCUCACCAGUUUGGCUGUGCGGUAUACGCCCUCCUUGGUGGAGUUAAACCAUUUCUGGGCGGUGUGGGUGUUCAAGUGGGUUUCAAGCUCCUGCUCAACAUUACGAGGAUACUCCAGCAAAAGAUGGAGUGGCGCAAGCAGAUCUUCAACAAGGGCUCCCUGCAGUUGGGCCUAGCGCUCGGCAUAUUUUCACUGCUUUUUAAGAUGUCUUCAUGUGGCUUGCGUCACUCUUUUGGAUAUGAUAACGCUCUCUUUGCCAUUCAAUCUGGAUUAAUAGGAUCAUUUGGCCUUCUACACUUUCCCAAUACCACGGUGUCUCUGUAUCUGAUGUUGAAGUCCUUGCAACUCUUGUACAACUGGGGUGUCGCCGAGGAAAAGGUACCCGAGGUGCCACAUUUCUCCAUGAUUAUGUAUGGAUUUUUCACCGCCGUACUCUGUCACUCAACGGUUCUGGAGGCAAAAUCCAUGCGGCCCAGUUACUUUAAGUUUAUCGAAAACAUUUCUGGAGGUCGUCUAAGCCGGUUCAAUAUGAAAUCCUUCGAGGCUUUUGGAGUUAAAAGUCAGGAUCAAGCUAAUUAUAUUAUCAAAAAACUUGGCAUUGUCAAGUCCUCAUCGAACCCUCUAUUUCCACUGAUUGUUUAG